AUGUCGUUCUUUUAUAUUUCUACAUUGCUAUCGUUGUUUACCGUUGCAUUGUCAAGACCACAGAUACCGUCGCUAAUACCGCCAGGUCCACCAGAUGUCGCAAAUACUGUUUGUGGUGAUCUUAUAGUUGCUCAUGAACAAGGCUAUACCCAAUUCUGGGCGUCCGAUGUUUUCGAAUGCCUGCAAAGCGUCCCUUUCAUCGACUCCGUAGCUACGCGAUUUUUGAAUUAUUUUAACCAAACACUUCAAUUCCAGAGCACACUCGCAUACCUAAAGAAUCCCCCAGAGGGUUACCAGCAACCACCUGUCGACGUGCUCCAGGAACUGCAGGCCAUACAAGACAAAGUUGCGUCAGGCGCAUACAAAAACCAAUACGCCUUUGAAGCGGAAGUGCAGUUACUCAUAAACCGGAUCCAUGAUGCGCACGUCUACCUAAGCGCAGGAAUUCUCGCACCCUUUGCCUUUACAUCACCUUAUGGUCUCGUUUCCGCUUCUGCUGAUGGAAAACAAGAGCCCGCCAUUUACCUGCAGGGUGACGUCGUAUCUAGUCGAGACCAAGGAUGGAAGCCAUCCCCUGUGACUCGGAUCAACGGUGUGGAUGUAGUGGAGUAUUUGACCGCCUUUGCCGAGCUCAACUCCGAAGGCUAUCUGGAGCCUCAUGCCGACUGGAAUGCGCUCAUGGAGCACCCGUCCCGCGAUAUUCUCGGCGACCUCAGUGUUCUCCGGACAGCAACAUUCUAUCCAGGGAAUGAAUUGAACUUCACCUUUGCUAAUGGCUCCUCGAUCGAGACCUAUUGGCUUGCUACGUACGCCGCCAUCGACUCUACCGGACCCCUCACUACCGCUGGAGACUUUUACAACUACUUUGUGCUUGGGUUCUUGCCUGAAAGCUAUGACGAGGAGAACCCAAAGUGGUGGCCCGACGAGACACCGGAGGACGAUUCGGGCGACGGUGUAACUGGCGAUGAUUCAGUGGAAGACACCAGUCCGCCAGACUAUGGCUGCUCAAAUGGAAACGCAUCAGAGCAACACUGGUGCCUUACGAGUCACGGUGCAUUCCCAAACAACCCAGAUAUUGUCCAGGAUGACCUGGAGAUUACCGGAGGCGGAGUAGUGACGGGGUAUUUCCUCGAUGACAUCUCCACUGGCGUGCUCAGUCUUCCAAGCUUCUACGCAACAGGAAAUGAUACAAACAGCUUUUUCAUCGCCGUGGAUCAGUUCAUCGGCAAUGCAACGAGUCUGAACAUCUCACGCAUUGUUAUCGAUCUACAACAGAACUCGGGCGGCUUGCAGUUCCUGGCGCUCUCUACUUUCAAGAGAUUCUUCUAUGGAAGGGAGCCUUGGACAGGAAGCCGGAUUCGCAGCCACGAACUCGCCAAUAUUCUGGGCCGCACAUAUUCCGAAUGGUGGAGCAGUCUUGAGACCGGGGAUGAUGGCGCUGAGGACCCUCUGUACCGGUACUUCGCCAGUUCCGAGUGGGUCGCGAACAGAAUCAAUGCGGAAACAGGAAACAACUUUAGCUCGUGGGAGGAAUAUUACGGCCCCCUUUCUGAGAAUGGCGAUGCAUUCUCCCGAACGCAACUUUACAAUCUCAGUGACCAGGUCUUCGAUUCCUCGGCGUUCCAAAACUGGAUCCCAUUCGGAUACGGGAUCUCCGCCGAAACGGACGUUCCAGCUCAAGUUUGGGAUCCAGAGAACAUCGUGAUCUUGACGGACGGUCUUUGUUCUUCCGCUUGCGCCUACUUCCUAGAGCUUAUGCAACAAGCUGGCGUGAAGACCAUCGUAGCGGGCGGACGCCCUGCCAAAGGACCUAUGCAGACCGCGAGCGGCAACCGUGGUGCUCGCCUGUACUCAGCCGAGAGUCUCGACUACGAUUUUACAAAUGUCAAAGAUGUACUGCAGAAUGAGGCAGUGGCAGCAAGCCUCCCGUCUCGCGACGACCGCGGCAUGUGGAUCAACUACGCAGGCUUCAAUAUCCGCGACCAGAUCCGUGAAGGUGACGAGGCCCGCAUUCCCCUGCAAUUCCGCUACGAAGCCGCCGACUGCCGUAUUUACUACACCCUGGACAACGUCUACAACCUGACCAGGCUUUGGCGCGACGCCGCUGCUGCAACCUGGGAUGAUCCCUCUCUCUGUGUCGAAGACUCCACCGGUUAUGCCUCACGACGCGACGCCCCUGCUCUAAAAUCCCCUCCUCCGCGGACUGCCCAGGGACCUGUCGUCGACUUCACGGUUUUGGGCAACGUCCAGACGCAAGAUAUGGCUAUAAACGCUACAACUGACCUCGUCAACCUCAAGACCCGGGCAUCAAUCAGUAGUACCUCGAUCGUUGCAUGCCCGGCCAACGGGGUGUGCGGAGGCACUACGCAAUGCUCCCAGAUUCCCGUCACAUGUCCUGUCAGCGGGGCGAUAAGGUUCCUCCCGGCUUGCUUGCCCCGUUGCUCCAGCGCGGGUGCGGCAUGCAGUGGCGAUAUGUAUUGCAGGAAAACAGCGGCUGCGGAAAGUAAGAAGCAGCUUCCGGCAAACAAGGGCGGCGCACAAGCCAAAUUUGAGGGCGUCACUGUGUUCAAUGGAGUCUGCACGCCGACCACCGUGAAUACCCACAACUUUCCACAGCUUGGGUGUCCUACAGCAUAG